UUUAUGUGGAUCACAAUUUCAAGGACUUGAAACGGGUUUCUACUUAAUACGUAUUCGCAUGAAAAUCAAACACAGUCGUAAUAUAUGUCUCAUUCACAAAUCAUAAUGAGGAACAUGGAAGAUGGAACUAGAAAGGAUGGUAAACCAAAGAGAUCAAAACCUAACAAUGAAGAAGAUCUCAUAAACCAAUUGCCAGAUGGAAUCCCUAUAAUCAUUUUAUCUAAAUUGCCAAUAAAUGAAGCUGCUAAAACAAGCAUCCUCUCAAGAAAAUGGAAAAGGCUAUGGACCUAUUUCUCAGGGACAUUAGAAUUUGAUGGUUCACCUAUUAUGAAAGACAUGAAAAAAGACAUUAAGAAUAUUACAAGAAGGCAUUUACAUAUGUCAAUGCAUUUACAUAUGGCAAUGGAAACCAUGUUUGAUGCUGAAAGACAAACAUAUACAAGUUGGAUCAAUGAAUUGUUCAGUUCACUUAAAAGUCCAACUCUAGAAGGAUUAAAGUUUUGGUUUCCUAUGAAAACUGUGUUUGAUAUUGAUAAAUGGAUUCACAUUGCAGUUAAAAAAAAGGUUCAAAAGCUUGAGCUAUAUUUUGGUCGUACAAUUGAUUAUGUUCUUCCAUUGGAAUUGUUUAAGCUGGAAAGAUUUAAUUCCUUGUGUGUGUUGCGCAUGAAAUCGAUUACGAUGACCGAACAGAUGCUUGAGUAUUUGCUUUGUAACUGUCCAUUACUUGAAACAUUGAGUUUGGUUAGAUCUAAUGUUCCAAAAACUAUGAAGAUUUCAGAUUCAUCGUUGAAUUUGAAGUGUCUUGAGUUGGUAGGAUGUUUGGAGCUGACAAAACUUGAGAUUUUUGCUGAGAAAUUAGUGUCUUACAAAUACUAUGGGUCUUUUAUUAAGAGAGAAUUCAAGAGUGUUCCAAGCCUUGUGGAAGCAUCUUUUGGGGGUUACUUUGUGCAAUUUGCUAGAGAAAGCUUUAUUUCACAAAUAAAAGUGCUUAAAUUGGAUAUUACACAAAACUCACCUGAAAUAAUUUACUGGUUAAUUCACUUUCCGAAAUUGAAAAAUGUCAAACAUUUGGAGCUGGUUGCUUGUUUUGAUCAUGACAUCACACUAAGCGCUUGUGUUAUGUUACUCAAGGCAACACCUUCACUUUGGAGCUUCACACUUAAGAAACUAAAUACCACACCAAGUUUUAGACCAGAACAAAAAUUUACAGCAGAAUGUCCGUACAGUCUGAAGGAGUUGGAAUUGGUUGGGUUUUAUGGAGCAGCAUGUGAAGUUGAAUUAGUUACGCACAUUCUUGAGAAUGCAGUUGAACUCAAGAAGAUAACUAUUGAUACAAGGUUACCAACUAAACCGAAACGGAGGAAAACUUGGAAUCAUGAGGAAUCAAGAAAGCAUGCUUUGGGAUUGAAGGAAAAAAUACCACCUUGUAUUGAAUUUGUUUGCCUUUGAUGACAUAUUUCAAAUCCAUCAUAAAUUUUAUUAUUGAGAACAUAACAUUAUUACAUUAGCAUGUAGUUUCAGCUCUUUUAUGUGAUUGAUACCUGAAACUUUUAGUGCAGGUAUGCAGUAUAGUUUGAUACUGCAUGAAACUGAUGCGAAUGUUUAGAACCAAGUUUGCAAA